CACACAGAGGAAGUUACGCAGCCCGGAUCAGACCGGGAGAUAAAAGCCCCGAUGGUGACCGUGAGUGAUGGCAAGAGGAUUUAGCCUCGGCAUUAACUUGGAGCGGAGUGCAGGGGGGCGGUGAGGCGCCCCGCCAUCUGGCCGGCGCCGCGCCAGGGGGGAUGUUCAGGCGCCUGGAUCAGCAGCGGCGAAGCCCACCCAGGCCGGCGGCUGAGUGGGGCGCGCGUGCAGGUUCUCCCCUGGCUGCCCAGGGGGGCCCAAAAGUUUGCACUUGUUAGCAGCGACCUCCCGAUCGGCCCGGGAGGGCGAUGCAAGCGGCGCGGUUGGCCCCCUUCCCUGGCCCGCGUCUACGGGACGGCUGCGGGCGGGCCCCCCGGCGGCCCGAGGGUUCCCCAGCCCAGAUCUGACGGUGGCCACCGCAGCGGCGGCGCGGGGCAGGGGUCCCCGGCCCUCAACCCUGCGGCCCUGCGCCCACCCAGCACCUGCCAGAGGGUGGCGGUCUCCGGCCUUUCGGGGCUCGCUCCGGGAAGCUGCUCCGAGCCCGGGUGCUGCUGCUAAUGAACACAUUCUCUCUCUUUUCUCUUCACAAUGAAAGCCAAGCCAGAGCCCAGGUACCUGGAUGAAGUGAGAGCCGAAGUCUCUGGAAUUUCACAAUAAGUGGCCAAUGGCCCCCGUUUGUGUCCGCCCCCCCCCCCCCACCAGAGCAGAGGCGAAUGGCCGCUCCAGUUAACACUUCACUGGCUUUUGUUAUAGUCCAGGCACACCACGUCAUCGUUGUCACUUUCAGCCCAUAUGAAAAGAAAUCUUUUUUAUUGGUCUGAGAGCCCAAGUCCAAUCCGGAAGAGGGGCCUCGUUCCCAGCCUGACAUGCAAACCUCCUGAUUUCGUGUUAUCUUCACCAUGCAGGCUGUUAUGCAGUUGUGUGGAGCACAUCACACAUUAAGGGCCCUUUAAAGACCUGGAUUGAUUGGAAGGACAAAAAUUAAAAGCAAUCUGAUCCAGCCCCAUGCCGGAUCCCUGCGGAUUUCCUCCUUAUCCAUUUCCAUCCUCUGUCACAAUCUGAGAGUCUGCCUGAUUUGAUCAGAUUCACCUCCAGGGGAGGUGCAACACCAAGGUUAGGAGGACACCAAGUUACAGGCAACUUUUGAUCUGCCCAUCAGCAGCCUGAGAAACGCUGGCUCUGGAUUUUCUGUAUCGGCCAUUUGGAAAACAGACGCUCCCGCGGUUGGCAGACCUGCACCGUUCAAGUCAAUGCUACAUCCCAGCCACCACCGCCUGGUAGAUGUGGUAUUUCCAUGCUGAGGUCCCAAGUGCCCCCUGACCCCACCACCACCUCUCCAGUGCCCCUCUGGGCCACACCUACUCGGACUGCCCAGCCAUGCUGCGCCUGCUGGCCCUCUUCCUGCACUGCCUCCCGCUGGUCUCUGGGGACUAUGACAUCUGCAAAUCCUGGGUGACCACAGAUGAGGGCCCCACCUGGGAGUUCUAUGCCUGCCAGCCCAAGGUGAUGCGCCUGAAGGAUUAUGUCAAGGUCAAAGUGGAGCCCUCCGGCAUCACAUGCGGAGACCCCCCUGAGAGGUUCUGUUCCCAUGAGAACCCCUACCUGUGCAGUAACGAGUGUGACGCCUCCAACCCCGACCUGGCCCACCCGCCCCGACUCAUGUUUGACAGGGAAGAUGAGGGACUGGCCACCUACUGGCAAAGCGUCACGUGGAGUCGCUACCCCAGUCCUCUGGAAGCCAACAUCACCCUCUCAUGGAAUAAGAGCGUGGAGGUGACAGACGACGUGGUAAUGACUUUCGAGUAUGGCCGGCCCACGGUCAUGGUCCUCGAGAAGUCCCUGGACAAUGGCCGCACCUGGCAGCCCUACCAGUUCUAUGCAGAAGACUGCAUGGAGGCCUUUGGCAUGUCGGCCCGUCGUGCCCGAGACAUGUCACCCUCCAGCGCCCACCGGGUGCUCUGCACCGAGGAGUACUCACGCUGGGCAGGGUCCAAGAAAGAGAAGCAUGUGCGCUUUGAGGUAAGGGACCGCUUCGCCAUCUUUGCCGGCCCUGACCUGCGUAACAUGGACAACCUGUACACAAGGAUGGAGAGCGCCAAGGGCCUCAAGGAGUUCUUCACGUUCACUGACCUGCGCAUGCGCCUCCUGCGUCCUGCGCUGGGCGGCACCUAUGUGCAGCGAGAGAACCUCUACAAGUACUUCUACGCCAUCUCCAAUAUCGAAGUCAUCGGCAGGUGCAAGUGUAACCUGCAUGCCAACCUGUGCACGGUGCGCGAGGGCAGCCUGCAGUGCGAGUGUGAACACAACACCACGGGCCCCGACUGUGGCAAGUGCAAGAAGAACUUCCGCACACGCGCCUGGCGAGCCGGCUCCUACCUGCCGCUGCCCCACGGCUCUCCCAAUGCCUGUGCGGCCGCGGGCUCCGCCUUUGGCAGUACCAGCAGGUCCAGAAAAAACCCUGCCCCCAAAACCCCUAUGGCCACUGAGGCCACAGGAAGGGGUCCUAUCACUUCUGUCCCCUCCACAUCUACCAUCCAAGUCCCUGCAGCCCCGAGCACCCCGCAGCCCACAGGUCAGGCCAAGCCACCUACUGUGACCCCCCUUGGGGACAGCUCCUCCUGGCCCCAGGUGUCCUCCAGUGCAGAAGCUGUGGCUAUCUCUGUCGCCGUCCCUUCCCAAGCCAAGGACUCUACACUUUUCCAGCUCAAGCCCAGGUCUCCUCAGGUGAUACCCAUUGAGGAAUUUGAAGACUGUGAAUGCUACGGCCACUCUAACCGCUGCAGCUACAUUGACUUCCUGAACGUGGUGACCUGCGUCAGCUGCAAACACAACACCCGAGGCCAGCACUGUCAGCACUGCCGCCUGGGCUACUAUCGCAACGGCUCUGCAGAGCUGGAUGACGAGAAUGUCUGUAUUGAAUGUAACUGUAACCAGAUCGGCUCUGUGCACGACCGAUGCAACGAGACAGGCUUCUGCGAGUGCAGGGAGGGCGCGGUGGGGCCCAAGUGCGACGACUGCCUUCCCACACACUAUUGGCGCCAAGGAUGCUAUCCCAAUGUGUGCGACGAUGACCAGCUGCUCUGCCAGAACGGCGGCACCUGCCAGCAGAACCAGCGCUGCGCCUGCCCGCCCGGCUACACCGGCAUACGCUGCGAGCAGCCCCGCUGUGACCUCGCCGACGACGCUGGCCCGGACUGUGACCGCGCGCCAGGCACCGUCCCGCGCCCCGACACCCUGCUCGGAUGCCUGCUGCUGCUCUGUCUGGCCGCCUGUCUGGCCUGCUGAGCCCGUCCUAAGGGUCCGGGGGUCCCGGGCCCGGCGGCGACAUGGGUGCGGCUGAGCUGCUCCCAGGUGCUACUCGCAGAGUCCUCCCGCCCUUCCUGCUCCGCCCGCGCUCACCAGCCCCGCCCGGCACUGCCCGCGCCGGCCACCGGGGGCGCUGUGGAGCCCUGGCCCGGCGGACUGCGAUUUUCAGUUUUUUAUGACCUAAUGUCUCUAUCAUUUUUCCAUUUUCCCAUGUUUCUUUCUUUGCUUUCUUUUCUUCUUCUUUCUUCUUCUUCUUGUUCUUCUUCUUUCUUGUUCCUCCUCUUCCUCUUCUCCCCUCUUUUCCCUUCUCCUCCCCCUCCCCCUCGUCCUUUUUUUUUUUUUUUUUUUUUUUUUUGCUGGCGGUGAGACAGGGACUGGGGACAAACGCUGCUCAUUCCAACACCCACAAGUCCUGACACACACACACACACACACACAACCUCUUGCGCACACCCCAGCGCCUGUUCCUGGCUGCCACCACCAGCCAGCCAGCCUGGAACUCCAGUUGCCUACAACUCUAGUCGCUGACUUGAUUCUCUUUUGUAUCUUUUUUUUUUUUUCUUUUUGCACUCACCAGACCCCAGGCCCCCAAGGAGGCCUGAAGACAGAGGAACUCACUGUCUGGGGGAGGGGUAGGACAAAGGGCGGGGAGGGGUGGAAACCUUGUUUUCUAGAGAACUAUUUUGUUUGUAUCCACUGUCCCUUGUGAGGACGGACUCAGGUGGGAGCUGGUCACCGAGGGUGGCUGAUGGUAUACAAGCCCACAGUAAAGCGACUUCACAGCUGCCUC